UAUCUACCUUAAGUCGUUAACCUUAGAAUUAUGUUUGAAUUCCUAGUUUCCUACUCUACCUGAUCGGAAUCCGAUCUACACUCGACAGACUUUUUUUUUGGGGAUGUUCCGUGAAUCGUGAUGGUGAGAGAGAGAGCCAUAGAGGUGGUAAGAAGCGGGAUUAAACAAAACAGAGCCACGAAUUUAAAUACAUCGCAUGAGGCAACGGGACAGACAUCAUCCCCCGGAUCGAACCCGAUAUUUGAUCGAAGAAUGAGAUAAAGGAGAAUCCAUCCACUCCCAUGUCCAUGAAUAUGCAUGAAAUCUCUCUCCCUCUUACUGUACCACUUAUCACACUCUCUCGUAGUCGUAGUCCGCCUUCAACCCAAUUUGCUCAGGGUUGUUUUCUCUGCCUCACGAAGCAAGCAAUAGCUUCGAUACCCCUUUCCACAUAUGGCCAUAGGAGUGGUUUCAAGCUUCUUGUCUUCGCUCCACAUUCCCUUUCUCCUAGUUUUAACAACACCAAGAAGCGAAGUAGUAACCAUGUUCAUUUGAGAGCGAGCCGUAGAGAGUCUCCUUACGAGGUGCUAGGUGUUUCUCCCUCUGCAACCCCUGAAGAAAUCAAAAGGGCUUAUCGUAAACUUGCUCUGAAGUUCCACCCUGAUGUCAACAAAGAGGAAAAUGCUCAGGAGAAAUUCAUGAGGAUAAAACAUGCAUACAAUACAUUGCUGAAUUCUGAAACUCGAAAGCAUUAUGAUUCUGGAAGUCAGGCAUACAAUUACUCCAGAUCGCAAGCUGAAAGAAACCAAGAUGAUGAGUUCUAUGGAUUUGGUAACUUUUUGAGGGAUGUUCAAGUAACAAUAGAGGACUUCUUUAGAGAUCUCCAAACAGAACUUCAGAAUUGGGAAUCUAAUGCUGGUUCACAACAGAAGCCGAAGAGCUUGUGGGAAGAACUGGCGGAUAUAGGGGAAGAAUUUGUGGAGUUCCUGGAGAAAGAGCUAAACAUCACUGAUCUGAAUGGCGAAGCAGAAAACAGCAAUGAAGGGCCUCUUAAGGGUGGAUCAUAUGCAAAAUCUGGGGCAGAGACAAAAGAAGAUAUUGGAGAUGAAACAGACAAGAAGAGUAGCAUUGAGGACAACAUUGACGAAAUUGAAGCCGCUCUUGCCCAGUUAAAAAAGGAGUUGGGGCUUUAAAAGAUGCAGCUAUGCCACUUUUGAGUUGUUGGAGUAGAGAAGAAAGAAAUUUGCCACAGUUUGUUUCUCUUCACAAGGGUUGCAACUUGCAAGGUUUUUGAAACACGUGGAUCUCAGAAUGUAACUUGGUUCCCUUUUCACAAAUCCAUUGGGAAUAUGGCAGGAGGCGAGGUGGGGAAGGCAUUUGUGAUGCGGAAUAUAGUCACAUACACAUGCAUACGAGCAUCAUCUCCAUUUGUUUUUAAGUAGAUUAUCCUAAACAGCCAGAAAUCUAUAGUUAUGGGAACGAGCCUAAAUCAUUUCUGCCCAUGAAGCAUCAUCACUUGUAUAUUUAAAAUGAUAUAUUCCUUUCUCAAGUAUGUUAUUAUUGUAGUCUAGAAUUCAAUAAUUCCUAAUCGAAAGUUCCUUGUUUCGGAAUUUA